UGAACAUACAGUUCAUGGCCCAUGGUGAUUCAGUUUAUUGGAAAUAACUUGAGAUAAAAGAGAACGCGCGUGUUUGCUUCUAGUCACCUUCUAUACCCUAGUGUUUUGUUUCGACGGUGUCAAGAGAUAGCUGACACCAAGAAAUGCAAAUUGUCUGAAAUUUUAAAAGAAGUUACUAUACAUGAAUUCAAAACUACUCCAUAUCAAACAAUUUGAUUCCUGCAUUAAUCGGAGCAAAGAACACUCUCGCACAGCACUUGUGUGUUGUAAAGUGCUACCGAUUGCAACUGGUUGCCUUGUAGCCCGGGGUUGGCACGCAGUUAGCUUUUGCGCCGCCGGUUGCUCGCGGCUUGCAACUUGCAAGCAUGACAAGGAAGUGAAGGUAAACGUGCGUCACUUGACAUACCACCUCACAAGCCAGAACCGUAUUCUGUAUCCAUCUUCCCGCGAACGCCAUUCCUUCCCGCCAAGUCGUGCCAUGCAUCCACCAUCACCCUACAUGACCCCUGCCUCGAUCACAUCACAUCCUCGUGGGUGCACGCAGCCUCUGUCGGCAGGCACAGCGGGGGAACCCGCGAGCGAGCUCUCCACCGGCCAUCUGCCAUGUCAGAGCCCGGCGCGAACGGCGCCCGUCGGCGGCAGCGCAGGAGGUGGCGCCUGUACUGGUGCUACGUGUGCCGCCGCGCGCUGCGCACGGUGUCGUCCCCGACCUCCGACGUCUUCUGCCCGCGCUGCCUCGGCCGCUUCCUCCACGAGAUCGAACUCCCCGUGCCGCGCGAGCCCGUGCACGCGCCGACCGAGCGGCUCUUCCAGCCGCCGCCGUUGUUCCCGUACGAGGGCGCCCCCCGCCACUGGGUCAUAUACAGGGGCGAGGACGACGACGACGCGGCCGACACGCCAGGCCCACGUCUCCGCCGCGUCCCGUCCCCGCCGCCGGCCCCGGGAACGCACGGCGGCUUGGGCGGUGCCGAUGCCGGUCCACCGGCAACCGGCAUCGACCCGGCGGGGUUCUUCACCGGCCCCAACCUGAACGCGCUCAUCGAUGGUCUGACGCAGAACGACCGCCCCGGCCCGCCGCCCGCGCCGGCGUCGGCGAUCGACUCGCUCCCCACGGUGCACGUCUCGCCGGAGCACAUGGCGGACGGCUCGCAGUGCCCCGUGUGCAAGGAUGAGUUCGAGCUCGGCGAGACCGCGCGCGAGCUGCCGUGCAAGCACGCCUACCACUCCGACUGCAUCGUGCCGUGGCUCCGGCUCCACAACUCCUGCCCUGUCUGCCGGCAGGAGCUGCCAAUGCCGGCCGGUGAUGAAUCUCCCGAUGGCGCGGGCGCAGGCGACGGAGGCGAGGAGACGGUUCCGCCGUGGCAGCUGCUUGCCGGCUGGGGGCCACUGGCUUGGCUGCUAACGCUGGGGGAACCGGACGUGGGCGGCUGGGAUAAUGGAUCUCGGCAGCGUGGGACGGAAGCCGACGCCGAUGACACCGGCGGCAAUGUCAGUCGUGGCGCCACGAUUCUUCAGUCGUUUGUUCUCGUCGCUGCGUGCUUUUUCUUUGUCUCCUUUCUCGUUUGAGAAAUGGCACAUUGGAGACUGUCACGUGUGCAUAUCAUUUAUUCGGAAAAGAAAACCCAGGUUUCACGUGCACCACGCAUGAUCAGACAAAAAAUUAUGUACAGAGCUAAA